GUUCGAGUUCCUGCUUCUCCAGCAUCUUCGGAGGCCUUGGCUCAUCGGCAUUAGAGAUAUCGUGAAGUGAUCCAUUGGAAAUCCUGAGUCAGCAGGGAAGACGGCCCGUCUCUUCGUCCCGGUUCCGGCAGCGGCCUCCCUCGCCCUUGCCUUCGCCAAUGAGCCACAAACUGUGGCAGAAGUUCGCAGCCGAGCUUUUUGGCACGUAUGCACUGAUGCUCACCAUAGGUAAGUAAGACGGGGCAUACAGACAAGAGACUUCACCUUCAUCCUGGGUCAACUGUGUGGAUAUGCGACUGGUCAACUGCAGGGCUGAAUGCAGUCCAAGCCAAUCCAUUGGGGCCUAUCGCUGUGGGCGCCAUUUUGAUGAACAUGAUCUACAUGUUCGGCUCGGUCUCAAGUAAGCCUCACCCAAUAUGCUGCCAUCGAUAUCGCCCCUUUUCUGUUCGUGUCAGGGGCGCAAUUCAAUCCCUCGGUGACGCUGGCGUUCCUGACGCUGGGCCGGAAGCUUAUCACUGCCCACGAGGCUCUGUGGAUAUGGCUGGCAGAGUACCUCGGCGCAUCCCUCGCCGCCGUCACCUUCUACCUCCUCACACUCAAGCCCGGCUCGGUGCCUCUGUUUGAGUUCAAUGGCGCGUCCGCAUGCUUUGAGGUCAUCUGGACGGCAAUCCUUGUGCUGGUCAUCCUCAACAUCAACACGUGCCAGGCCGACUCGAAGCUCAGCGGCGGCUUCUUCAAUGGCGGUGUGAUCGCCCUCACGGUCGUGGCAGCGGCGUACUCGGCAGGUCAGUGAGAGAAAGAGUGCAUCAAUUCCUUGCCCGUGCCUUAUGGAUGUGCUUGUGGUGUGGCGCGUGCAGGCUCGAUCGCACCGGCAUAUCUGAACCCCUGUGUGACCUUCGGCAUCGCUGUGGCCCACCUGAUCGGCACCGGAGGCACUGACGCCACCGCCACGCGGCUGUUCGGCUUCAUGGCUGUGCAAUUCGCGGCUUCUAUCCUGGCGGUGUUCAUCUUCCCGUUCACCAAUGGUGCUCGCGAGCUGAAGGCAGAGCCGCUUCAGGCUGAGAAGCAAGAGAAAGAGGUCACUGGAACGGAAAAAGAGAGGUUGCUAGAAAAAGUUGUUUCUGGUUAGUAUUAGCGAGGCGACAGACAGACAGGCACGCUGGGAGAGAUACGACGGGUGAAUGAGUGUCUGACUGCAUGUGGGAGCAUGUGUAUAAUUCCGAUCGAUUCGUGUGGACCGAAAGAUGACACGUGGCGAUGAAUACAAUACAAGUGAGUGGAUGCAAACGGUAGGCAAAUAUUUU